AUGGUUAACAAUGCUAAUCCCAACAUUCAAAUCAACUCAAUCAGUUUCAUCAAAGUGACAAGAGAACUUGUUGAAAGUCUCAUAUUAAAUCUGAUAACAUAUUUUUUAAUAUUCAUUAUUUUAUUAUUAUUUCAACUACGCGACACGAUAAUUUCCGCUAAUAAAUUACUUGUUAUCUUAGGAUUAACUUUACUUGAAUUUAUAAUGAUGAUUCCUUUUAUAUUGAUCAGAUUGGUAUAUGUAUUUUCAGAAACAAAUAAUGAACGAAAACAAUUGGAUGAUCGAUAUAGUUCUCGAGGAAUAAUUCGAUUAUAUACUUUACAUCUGAUGUUUUGGCAAUAUCAACAGACAUUGGGAUUUACUUUAGAAAUCAUAAGAGUUUCUAAAGCUGGGAUUAAUUUGUUUUUGGAGGUUGUGGAUGAUUUCGAACAUCAAGAGGUAGUGCCACAAUUGAUAGAAGAGCCAGUAGUGGAUGAGGAAGUUGCUGGUGUGGCUGAUGUUACUAAUCGAGAAAUAGUUGUUAAAAAUGAUGAAAAUGAUGAAUUUGAUAAUCCUGAAUUGGCAGAUAUUUCAACUGAAGCAAUUCCAGAUUGGCCUCAAGCUAGACAUUUCAGGACCUUCAAAAGGCUUAAAAGGGUAAGUAGUGAGCCUACAUUCAAGUUCCCACAAAGAAUGUCAUUGAAAUCAUUUGUCAGAGCAAAAGAAUUAGAUCAACCAGAUUUAUCUGAAUAA